GGGAGCAAGUGGACCUAUUUGACUUUAUGAUCCCGUCAGAGAGGGAAUAACUGAGGAUACACAUCAUUGGACACAUGACAUGACCCGUCUGUUGGAAGCAGAGGAAUGUCAAUUUAUUACUUUUUCAUUUUCUAGAUUUUAAGUUGAACACUUUGAAGUGUCCUGUGGCCUCUUUCUGUGGAUUAUUGCAUGCAUCAGUGACCGUGUGUUGCUGAGAUACGGACUACAUGGUCAGACUAAAGUGACUGAAAUAGUCAGCGGGUGUUUAUUUUAGCAGAAGAAGAAGACAACAACAUCAUGAAUCUGACGCAGCGAAUGAAACUACUGAAGCACUUUGGCUCUCUGCCCCCGGAGUCUCCACCACCACCACCACCGCUGCUGGUGGUGCCUAAACCAGGUAUGGAGGAGCUCACAAUAUGGGAGCAACAUACAAUAACACUAAACAAAGAUUCCAAAGUGGGAUUUGGCUUUGCCAUUUCAGGAGGCAAAGACAAGAAUGACGGCGGGGAUUCAGCUGUGGUGGUGUCGGAUGUGCUGCCAAAUGGACCGGCCAUUGGACGACUGUUCACCAAAGACCAAAUUUCCAUGGUCAAUGGAGUAUCCAUGGAGAAUGUCCACUCUAACUACACCAUUCAGAUUCUCAAGACAUGUGGCAAGACUGCAAACGUGACAGUGAAACGCCCUCGCAAGAUCCAGAUCCCAGCAACCACCAGACCGACUCGGGCUGCCUCCCAUUCCAACCUGCUGGAAAACGACCCUCCCAGACGAACGCGACGCUACUCUGACGGCAGCGACAACCGGGACCACAACCGUUACCGCGCCCGCAGCGCCUCACCCGACCGCAACGGGCAUGGGAACACACUACCGUUGUCGUCGGGGUACAAGAGGCUGCCGCCUCAGGACGUUGUAGAGAAACCCAUCAGAACUACACUGCUUAAAAAGAGAAUCACCGAUGAGUAUGGAUUGAAGCUGGGCAGCCAGAUCUUCAUCAAGCACAUGACAGAAACAGGCCUGGCUGCAAAAGAAGGAACGCUGCAGGAGGGAGACCUCAUCCUCAAGAUCAAUGGCAUGACGACGGAGAAUCUGUCCCUGCUGGAGACCAAGCACCUGGUGGAGAAGAGCCGGGGCAAACUGACCAUGACGGUCCUCAGGGACGACCGCAGGUUCCUGGUCAGCAUCCCAGAGGUGGAGGACAGCGCCCCCAACAGUGAUAACGACCGCCGCCGAAACAGCAGCUCCGAACUUGAGGACAUUUCGGACCUUGACGAAGAUGCCCCGACUCACAGAGCAUCACGUCAACCCAACAGAGAGAAACGGACACGCAGAACGAGAGCUGAAGCUCCUCCAGCCAAGUCUCGGGAUUCAUCACCGAUGCGCUCCACCUUGACUCGGCCUCCCGUAAAAAGCUACGCCUCUCGCAGAGCUCCAUCUGAGUCUGAGUCGGACCGCAGUGCCUCUCCUCCUCUUGUCAGGAGAGAAAGUCCGGACAUGAGGGAUCACUCCAGCAAAUACAAAUCUCUGUCUGGUAUGUCCAUCCUCCCCAACCCCCAGUCCUCUCCUGUGGCCCCCAGCUGGACCGCCUCUCGUGCGUCCUCUUCCGCCUCACGGCCUCGCAGGCCGGUGUCGGACUCCGACUCUGACCGCAGCGGUUCCCCUCCGCCACGCAGACCGAGCCCCCGUCCAAACAGCAGAUACAAAGUUCUUCCUGAUCUGGCCCACACAGGACUGAGAGCCUCCCCCAUCAAUGUUCGCAACGAGCCUCACAGGAGGGUCAGCUCUCCUCUCAGAGUCCCGCCCCCAGACUCUGAUUCUGAUUCGGAAGUCGGCCCGGGGCCUCCUCAGAGGCAGAGCACCACCUACAACCAGGACUCCCUCAGCAGAUACAGAGUCCUGCCAGAUGUUGCCCUGCAGCCCCAGAUGGAGACGCGGCGAUGGAACCCACCCAGCGUCACUACCAGCAAUCCGCCGCAGAAAGCUCGUUCAGAGUCUGAAUCAGAGGCCAGUUACGCAUCCGUACCUCGCAGGGAAUCUACAGGCAGCACAACCUCCAACAAGGCAAACAACCGAUACAGAGUCCUGCCUGACAUAAAAUCCACUUCAGUCGCCUUGAAGCAGGAGCCUCCUCGUCGCGCCCCUUCACCCACCAGACCUCCUCCUGACGAUUCCUCAGAGUCGGACCAGCUUUCACAACUCAGGAGGUCUGGGAGCUCUGAGCGGGACGAGACCCACCGCAGAGCUCCUCGUCCUGCUAAUGGAACUGGCACCCUCAAGUCUGGGAUUUCAGUGAAGAGCAACCCACCCACCUACUCAAAGCCUGUAGAAGAGCCGAUCUACUCCCUCCCUCCAGACUCGUACCCAGCACCUAAUCCAGGGUACAGCUCAGACCUUCACACCGUGUCGUUUGAGAAGGAGGGCAGUGUGGGCCUGAGGCUCGUGGGGGGCAACGACGUCGGCAUAUUUGUAGGUGGAGUUCAGCCAAACAGCCCGGCGUACAUAGAGGGGAUGAAAGAGGGAGACCAGAUCAUGCAGGUAAAUAAAGUAGAUUUUGGUCAAUUCACACGAGAAGAGGCAGCCAACUUCCUCCUGAACAUCAAGACAGGACAGCGGGUUGAAAUCCGCACUCAGAACAAGAUGGACAUUUAUAAGAAGAUCAUCAAGUCCAACCUGGCAGACAACUUCUAUGUUCGCACCCACUUUGACCACGAGGCAGAAGGCCCCAUUGGUCUGAGCUUCACCAGAGGAGAGGUGUUCAGGGUGGUGGACACAAUGCACCGCGGGAAGCUGGGCAACUGGCUGGCCAGCCGCAUGGGGAACGACCUGCACGAGAUGGAUAAAGGCACCAUCCCCAACCAAGCCAGGGCUGAGACGUUUGCCAGCAUAGAGCAGUCGCAGCGGGUGAGCGGAGAGAGGCAGGUGUCGGGGCCUAGAGCCGAGUUCUGGAAACUACGGGGGCUCAGAGGGAACAAGAAGAAUGAAAAGAACGUCCGCCGGUCUCGUGACGACCUGCUGCAGCUCACCAUUCAGGGAAAAUUCCCGGCCUAUGAGAGAGUCCUGCUCCGAGAAGCUAAUUUCAAACGACCCAUCGUCAUUCUGGGUCCUCUUAAUGAUAUCGCCAUGGAGAAGCUGGCCAGAGAGAAGCCUGAUGAAUACGAAGCGGCAGACAUGGUUCCUCGCAGUGGAGGAGGAGGAGACGGCGGCUCCACCGUUAUUAAACUGGACACUGUGAGGAGAAUAGCAGAGAAGGACAAGCACCCUCUCCUGGACAUCACUCCCACUGCAGUGGAAAGGCUGAACUACAUCCAGUACCACCCGAUGGUGCUGUUCCUGGACCCUCACAGCCGCAAGGACGUCAAGGCCAUGAGGCAGAGGUACAGCCCCAACUCCAACAAGAGCUCCAGACGCCUCUACACCCAGGCCCUUAAGAUGAGGAAACACUGCAGCCACCUUUUCUCAGCACGUAUUGACCUGCAGCCCAGCUCCAAUGUUUGGUAUGAGAGUCUAAAGGAUAAGAUCCGCCACCAACAGUCAAAACCUGUCUGGGUGUCUGAAGUGACGUUGGAGAGUGGUGGAGAACAGGACUUGGAUGCUCUGGAUCAAACCCAGUCGGACUACCUCAGUGCUGCCAGUGACCUGGAGGACACUGACGGGGAGCCCUUCACCGACGGAGAGGCCUACACCGACAACGAGGACCUGGAGGAGGCUUACGCCGGUCAGAACACCGACACGCUCCCCAGAGGCUCCAGGUUAGCUGGAGCUGCUUUAGCCCGAUCAUCUGAGCCCGCGUAUGGGCACCACAGCCCCUCCGAUGACGAGGAGCCUCGCGCCUUCGAGGAGCCUCGCGCCGACAAGUACUCGCUCAGAGAAGUCCCUCCGUUAAUGAACGUGCCUGAGCCCAGGGUGCCCCGCCGGGAGAGUUACAGCCCGCCUCACAGCCCUGCCGAGGAGGAAAACCCCUCUCAUCGCAGUUUUACAGACUCAGACUUCAGUGCGUUUGAUCCCAUUACACCGACCACUCCCUCAGAAGGACCCCCAGAUUUUAUAGCCCCCGACCCGUCCACCCGGUACUCCGUGACCGAGCCUUCAUACGCCGAGGCCCGGCCUGAGAGCCCUCGACAUGCCAGCCUGUCUUUUAUCGAGGAUAAACUACAACAGGCUCGCUCUGCAGAGCCACAGGCUCAACCUGUGGAGGAGAAGAAGGGCCCUCAGUUCAUCGUGCUAGCACAUCAUCACCAAGCAGUUCAGUUCAGACGCACGCAGAUCCGAGGCAGCGAUAGCUCGGACGAUGACGAGGAGGAGGAGGAGGUAGAUGACAUUGAAUGGGGUCCUGCCACAGAACUCUAGAGUCUGCAUCGAGGAUUAAAGCUGGAGUCGUCUGAUCUAACGAGGACACGGAAACUAUUUCACUCCCCCAAGAAUCUCUCUUGGAUCGUUUUGUACAUUUUCUCUGCAGAACCAAGAAAGUUUUGUCUGAAGAUGUUGGUCGGCCUUCGCUGAGGGCCUUGUUCAGGUGUGGGAUGUACUAACCCUAACCUUUAACAGAUUACUAGGAGAUUUAACAUCUAAAGAAAGGUUCUGGGUGCCUGAGUACCUCAUAUUUUUUAUUUAAAUAACCGCAUGUCAAACAAAUCAACUCGCCCUUUGUUACAGCUGCUGUAUGUAACAUAUAAACAAAUUCUAGUUUUAUUAGAAAUCAUACCAAAUGAGUCUUUUCAUAGAAAUAUGCAAGAACAUUUAUGAAAUGUUUGGAUGCCUCUUUAACUUUUUCUACAUUAAACUGUUUUCCUGAUUUCAAACGUGGGUUUGUUCAAUCGUACAAAAUGGAAAAACGCCAUAACUCUUAUGCUUUCACAUAAGUAAAUUAGGGCUGUCAAAAUGAACGUGAUAAAAACAUGUUAACGCAAAUUCGUUUUAAAUUAAAUUCUGGCUAGGAAAAA